GUGACAUGAUGGUGAUUCAUGGUGCUCAAACCACUUUCCCAUAUAAGCAAUCAGAAGCAAGAAGGGCCCAAGGCUUUUGUUCAGUGACAGACGGAUGAAAUCAUUCAAUACUGACAAGCGCCAAUGAGUCACAAGCGAAUUCCAAUCGGUGUGGUGAAGCGAAAUAGGUUUUUAGUCUCAUCUCGCCCCAAGGUCUCGUUCAUUGCGCCUCAAACUCACUCGCCUUCUGUCCAUUCUCGGAAUUUCAAUACGACGAAACCUCUCAGAGUCCCUGCAGUCAUGGAUGCCAUCAAGAACACCAUCGCGGAGAAUUUUGGAGGCGCGGCCUCAAAGCUGGGAACUCACCAAUUCAGCUUGGAUGAAUGUCCCGACCAGACGGGAAAGGUAGCCGUCGUCACCGGCGGAAGCGAGGGUAUCGGCUACGGCGUCACUUAUACUCUCCUCAAGCAUAACAUAUCCAAGAUUUACAUCCUCUCCGUCCUGAAAGAGGUUGUCGAUGGCGCCAAGGAUGCCAUUGCAAAAGAUCUCGGUGCUGACAAGGCUGAGCGUACCAAAUGGUUCCAGUGCGACAUGGGCGACUGGAAUCGCGUCAAGGAGGUAGCCGAGCAGAUCAAGAACGACACGGAUCGUCUUGAUGUCUUGGUGAAUAAUGCCGCGAGGGGUAUCAUGACCUACCAGCUCACCGACUACGGCGUUGACCGGCACAUGGCUGUAAACCACAUGGGCCAUGUCAUUCUUACGUCGCACUUAUUGCCUCUCAUCAAGCAGACGGCGGAAAAAGGCGACGUUGUCAGAAUUGCAAAUCAGGCCAGCAACGCCCACCAGGCUACACCUAGCGACUGCAAGUUCGAGAGUCUGGAGGAGCUGAAUACUGAUUUGGGUCCCAACGGUCAAUAUGGCCGAAGCAAGCUCGCAGGUAUCUUGUACGCGAGGUACUUCAACCGUAAAGUCACGCAGAAUGGGCACCCAAACGUGUUGAUGAACGCCACUCAUCCUGGAUUUGUGAGCACCAAGAUGAGCAAGGAGGAAAUUUUCGAGCCGUACCCCCUUGGAGGCUACGCUAUGGCGGUUGGGAUGGAGCCUUUCAAGAAGUCACAAUGGGAGGGUGCUGUGUCUAUGGUGUACGCGGCCGCCGCCACAAAAGAAUCCGGCCAGUACAUAUGUCCUCCUGCGGUUCCUGAGCCAGGCAGCAAGCUUGCGCAGGAUGACGCUCUGGCCGAUCAACUGAUGGAGUUGACUCGUCAAAUCAUUACUGAGAAAACUAAGACGUCCUCGGUGGAUAAGGGGUGUCCCAUGGAUGACUUGGUUCUGCACUAAUUAAAUACCUGCAUCACGUCAUUUACUGAGUCCAUCAUCGCAUGGCUAGAUUUGAACAUGAAU